GCCAAAAUUUUGUCGCUCGUGAUUGUCGUGCUGCGUCAGAGCAAAUCCAUGGGCGGCUCUUCUAAGCGCGAACAGUACUAUUAUUGUUGUUAUUAUUAACGAGUGAAAAUGACCCUCCAUGGCGCCACUCCCACCCUCUCCCUCUUCCUCGUCCAUGGCGCUCUUCUCCGCCUUCCUCGUACUGGUGUCGCUCCCGACCCUAUUGGUGGCGAGAUCCGAGCCCACAUUCUACGACCCAGCUCGCGUUUCCCGCCUCUCAUGGCGCCCCAGGGCUUUUUUGUACAGGGGCUUCGUUUCUCACGAGGAAUGCGACCAUUUGAUCGAGUUGGCGAAGGACAAGCUGGAGAAGUCGAUGGUGGCGGACGAUGAGUCUGGGGAUAGCGUUGCGAGCGAUAUUCGGACGAGCUCCGGCAUGUUCUUGGAGAAGCACCAGGUUUUGGUUUUGGCUUUCUUGUGGCAUUUUAUUUGUUGA